AUGGCAUCCAGACGACCAAAGCAGCAUGGAGUAUUUGCUUCACAGAAAUUUAACACGGGAGAUUUCCUCCUGGAGUAUAAGGGAGACUUAGUCUCCAGAAAGGAAGGAGAAAGACGAGAGGCACAAUAUACCCCGACGAAAGGAAGUUUUCUGAUGUUCUUUUCUUACAAUGGAAAGAGACUGUGCAAGUACCUGAAUCUUAAUAUCAAAAGAUCCUUACGUAAGAAAGAUAUGCAGUUUAGUAUUGCUAAGUGUUUGGUAGAACUACAGGAGUUUGAUGAAAGUGCAUUAGAUGCGUACAGGCCAGAGGGCGAUGAUUCCAAUGUAAUAAAACUGAAGGAGUUAGAACUGAAGGAAAAGGAAAAUGAAAGAUUGUUUAAAGAUAAGGAAAAUGAAAGAUUGUUCGAAUUGGAGAAAUUGAGACUUCAGAGCGAAAUUGAAGCUAGGAAACUAGAAGGAGACAGGUCUGGCUUAAGUUUUUCUGAUAUGCCUCCAAAAUUUGACGUCGUUAGAAACAUAAGAUUGGUGCCACAAUUUCGUGAGACUGAUGUAGAUAAAUAUUUUCUACAGUUUGAAAAGAUUGCUCAGAAUUUAGAGUGGCCUAAAAAGUUUUGGACUACCCUUUUACAGAGUGAAAAGAUUACGAUGUGGCGAGUCACAAAAAGCAAGGUGGCCCCUGCCCGUGUGUCCCCAACCAUGCCUUCCACCGUCAUGACCUCUGAGGCCAGUCUGUCACCCUCCCAGCUAGACGCGGCCAUCAUGGAAAUGUUACACAUCCGAGCUGGCGGAGAGAGUGGAAUCGCGGUCGACUGUAAAGGCAACCCCAUCACAGCCUCUGGUAAACGGAAACAAAUUUGUCGUGUCUUUUCCGUGGUGUGCGUUCCGAUUUUGAUCCUAAUCGGCAUGACGGCGAAUACGUUUGCCACCACACUGCAGGGCUUCCUGGACGCCACAUCGAUACGUGACGGUCUCCGAUUCACCACCCAGCUCGGAACGCUCAUUCACCAGUUGCAGACGGAACGCGACCAGAGCACCCUAUAUCUGAGCGCAAUUGGACCGGAAACGAAACUCAAGCUGCUAAAAGCGUAUACAGCGACCGACCGAACACUGGAACAAUUGGACCAAUGGCCCAAAGCCGACAACAACGACCUCAAACAAUUCCAGAAGAAGGAGAAGUUUAAGGUGUUUUUGAAUCAGCACCGCUAUAGAAUGGACAGUAUCAACCAAUCAGUGACAGAAGAGCUUCAUCAUUACACCAACAACAUCCUUGUUUUCGUAAACUGGCUGUACGACUCGAUCUCAGAGGCGCGUUCCGGGACUGUCUGGAGAAGUCUUGUGGCUUUCUUAGAAAUCACGGAGGCCAAAGAAUCGUUGGGACUCGAACGCGCUCUUGGCGCCAUCUGCUUGGCUCGUGGUGGCUUCCCCACGUUUGACGACUACUUAUGGUUCGCUGAGAGUCAAGACGACGCUAACGCCUCCUUCUCUUCCGCUAGACUUUUCUCCGACAUCGCAGCGGACAUCUUCGACUCUCUUGUGGAGAACAACAGGUCAUUUCUCACAGAUCUGAAUAAUCAGAGACUUGACCUUCGCCUGAACAUCUUGGACAGGAACGCGUCUAUAGAAGAGGCCGAGAACUGGUUCGACAAGAUGUCAGUCUACACGGAUGUUCUACUGGAAACACAGAAGGCUCUGAUGGAUAAAAUCAUUGCGAAGCUAGAUGAGAGUGAUGAAGAAGAUCUCACCAAGAUGAUUAUUAUCGGCGUGGUGUUUGGAUUAGUUCUAAUGAUAUGCCCUCUCGUCCUACAGGGAGUCUACUCUUUGACCACCGAAAUGCAAUGUUUCUCCGUUUCCCUAGCUGACAGGACAAAGGCUCUGAAGAAGGAGCAGAAGCGGACCAAUUCUUUGUUGUACCAGAUGCUUCCGAAAACUGUGGCUGAGCAGCUGAAGAAGAACGAAAAAGUGACCGCUGAGACGUUUGAUGAAGUCACCAUCUUCUUCUCGGACAUCGUUGGCUUCACGUCUCUCUCGGCUCAGUGCUCUCCCGUACAAGUGGUUAACAUGCUGAACAGCCUGUACACGCUGUUUGACGACAGGAUCGACCACUACGACGUGUACAAGGUAGAGACCAUCGGGGACGCUUACAUGGUGGCCUCUGGUUUGCCGCGGAGGAACGGAAAACGUCACGCCGCCGAGAUCGGAUCGAUGGCCCUGGACCUCUUGGACAACAUCACCAGCGUGGAGAUCCCCCACCUGCCGGGAACACACUUCAAACUCCGCGUCGGUCUCCACACAGGACCAGUCGUUGCUGGCAUCGUUGGGUGUAAAAUGCCGAGAUAUUGCCUUUUUGGAGAAAGCGUCACUAUUGCCUCCCGCAUGGAAUCUCUUGGUGAAGCCAUGGAGAUUCACGUUUCCCAGCCUACCUAUGACGUUCUGCGGGAACUCGGGGGUUUCCAACUGGAACUACGAGAAGAUGACGUCAUCCGUAGGGAUCGUGCACUGGCCGUAUCUCUGAAGGGAAAAUUGAGAACGUACUGGCUUGUGGGACGAGUGGGGAUGGUUCUAAAACCCAGAGUUGCUAUGUCGUCAUUGUCCGACCUGUCUGAAGAGGACAAUUUAGGUCAAGCAUAA